AUGACUGAGGGGAAACACACCAGCAGUAGCCGGUCGAGCUCGAUCCAAGAGGAUACGACAGGCACUGAGCCACAGUAUCGUCGAAGGGGUUCAAAAUUCGAUGACACUUCGGUCUUCGAAAGCAUUCGCCCCGAAAACAGAGCGGAGUUAACUCGCAUUGCGUCAGAUUUCCCCUUACAACGUCGUGCGACUAGCACUAGGGCCAGUGAAGCACCUCUCCAACGGAAAGAUACACUCGAGGAUAUUGAUCUCGACCAUCCUUCUCUCGAUCCUACCAGUGGUCAAUUUGACCAAUACAAAUGGACUCGAAUGAAGCUGAAGCUGAUGGACAAGGAAGGCAUUCCGCGUCCCCCUUCAACCGGUGUCGUAUUUCAGAAUCUCAAUAUCUCAGGAUCAGGGUCAGCGCUACAAUACCAGAGCACUGUUGGCUCAAUUUUGUUGGAGCCUUUGCGCCCUCGAGGAUGGCUGAGCUUCGCGAAACAAUCCCCAGAGAAACAUAUCUUGCGUAACUUUGAUGGUCUUCUGAAGAGCGGCGAGAUGCUGAUUGUACUGGGAAGGCCUGGUAGCGGCUGUUCAACAUUUCUCAAAACAUUGUGUGGGCAGCUGCAUGGGUUGAAGCUCCGUGAAAGCUCAGAAAUUCAGUAUAACGGGGUCCCCAUGGAGAAGAUGCACAAAGAGUUCAAAGGCGAAGUUUUGUACAACCAGGAAGUGGAUAAGCAUUUUCCUCACUUGACUGUCGGACAAACGCUGGAGUUUGCUGCGGCAGCGAGAACUCCUGAAAAUAGGCUACUCGGACUCAAGCGACAGGAAUUUUCCAAGCAUAUCACCGAGGUUGCGAUGGCUGUGUUUGGCCUACUUCAUACGUACAAUACAAAAGUGGGCGACGACUAUAUUCGAGGUGUUUCGGGAGGUGAAAGAAAGCGAGUUAGGUCAGUAUGUCUUAUGCACCCUGUCUCUGGUGCACCUAUGGCAGCAUGGGACAACAGCACCAGGGGUCUUGAUUCCGCAAGCGCAUUGGAAUUUGUCAAAGCCUUACGGCUCUCCUCCAAUCUAGUCGGUACGAGUCAUGCCGUUGCAAUCUAUCAAGCAUCACAGGCAAUCUACGAUGUCUUUGACAAGGCCAUCGUUCUAUAUGAAGGACGAGAAAUCUAUUUCGGGCCCUGUGAUGAAGCAAAAGAUUACUUCUCCGGCAUGGGUUGGCAUUGCCCCCCGCGCCAAACGACUGGAGAUUUCCUGACGGCUGUUACCAACCCACAGGAGCGUCAAGCACGGGUUGGUAUGGAGAGUAAGGUUCCUCGUACGCCAGAUGAAUUCGAAAAAUAUUGGAAGAAUAGUCCUCAGUAUGCGGAGCUCCAGAGAGAAAUUGAUCAGUAUCAUCAGGAGUUCCCACUAGGGGGGGAAGCGGAGCAAGCCUUUGGAGAGAUGAAGAGAGUUAAACAAGCGAAGCAUGUUCGACCAGAGAGCCCUUAUAUCAUCUCGAUUCCAAUGCAGAUUAAACUCUGUACAAUCAGGGCUUAUCAGCGAAUUUGGAACGAUAAACCCUCUACUCUAACAACAGUCAUUGGGAGAAUUGCAAUGGCUCUUAUUAUUGGUUCCAUGUAUUUUGGCACUCCAAAUGCCACGGCAGGAUUCUACAGUAAAGGAGCUGCUCUUUUCUUUGCUGUCCUAAUGAAUGCCCUCAUCAGCAUCACGGAGAUCAACUCUCUUUAUGAUCAGCGACCCAUUGUUGAAAAGCAAGCAUCAUAUGCCUUCGUUCAUCCCUUCACCGAAGCAUUUGGGGGCAUUGUUAGCGACAUACCUGUCAAGUUUGUCUCUGCCGUGAUAUUCAAUAUUAUAUUUUACUUCUUAGCUGGUUUACGAUACGAGCCGUCUCAAUUUUUCAUUUUCUUUUUGUUUACAUUCCUCAGUACACUUGCAAUGUCAGGGAUCUUUCGAACCCUUGCUGCGUCGACAAAGACUCUUGCGCAAGCUAUGGCCCUGGCUGGUGUGCUGGUUUUAGCUAUAGUCAUUUAUACGGGCUUUGUAAUUCCCGUUCCACAAAUGCAUGACAUCCCUUGGUUCAGCUGGAUCCGGUGGAUCAAUCCCAUCUUCUACACGUUUGAGUCCAUGAUAGCAAAUGAAUUCCACGGCCGGCGGUUCAUAUGCUCACAGUUCGUGCCUGGAUACCCCACUCUUAGCGGCGACUCCUUCAUUUGCUCCGUCCGAGGCGCUGUUGCAGGAGAAAGGACGGUCUCUGGGGACUCUUUCAUUGGAUCGCAGUAUAGGUACACAUACACGCACGAAUGGAGAAAUCUCGGCAUUUUGAUUGGUUUCUGGAUCUUUUUCACCGCAGUCUAUCUAUUAGCCACGGAGCUCAACUCCCAGACUUCGUCAAAAGCAGAAUUUCUGGUCUUUCGACGGGGCCACACGCCAGCACAUAUGCGCAAUCUUGAUAAAACCAACGGAGACACUGGAUCUACAGAAGUUGCCCAGGCCCAUAAGGAGAAGAAAACCGAGAAUUAUACAUCCGUUAUACCAAAGCAGCAGAGCAUAUUCACCUGGCGAAAUGUGUGCUAUGAUAUUCCCGUGAAAGGAGGAGAGCGGCGUCUUUUAGAUCACGUCUCAGGAUGGGUUAAGCCUGGUACACUUACUGCAUUAAUGGGGGUGUCGGGGGCCGGUAAAACAACACUACUCGACGUUCUCGCUAAGCGUGUUUCUAUCGGUGUUGUGACGGGUGAUAUGCUGGUAGAUGGAAAAACACUUGAUAAUAGCUUCCAAAGGAAAACGGGGUAUGUGCAGCAACAAGAUCUUCACCUUGCCACGACGACCGUGAGGGAAGCUCUGCGGUUCAGUGCAGCCCUACGCCAGCCAAGGUCUGUCCCAAAGAAAGAGAAGUACAUGUAUGUCGAGGAGGUUAUAGAGAUGCUAAAUAUGCAGGACUUUGCCGAUGCUAUUGUUGGGAUACCAGGUGAGGGGUUGAACGUUGAGCAAAGGAAGCUUUUGACAAUUGGGGUGGAAUUGGCUGCAAAGCCUGAGUUGUUGGUUUUCCUGGACGAACCAACAAGUGGCCUUGACUCGCAGAGUUCCUGGUCUAUUGUUGCCUUCUUGCGGAAGCUUGCAGACCAUGGCCAAGCAGUGCUUUCCACAAUUCAUCAGCCAAGUGCGUUAUUGUUCCAGCAGUUUGACCGUCUGCUAUUCUUGGCCAAGGGAGGAAAGACUGUUUACUUUGGGGGUAUUGGUGACCAGUCUCGUACUUUACUUGAUUAUUUUGAAGGGAACGGAGCAAGGGCUUGUGGUUCAGAGGAAAAUCCGGCCGAAUACAUGCUGGAAAUCAUCGGAGCUGGAGCUUCCGGUACAGCAUCUAAGGAUUGGCCUGUCGUGUGGAAUGAAAGUCGCGAGGCCAGAGACGUACAGAAGGAAAUUGAUAGGAUCCAUCAAGAGAGGACUUCGGCAUCCAAUGACAGUGGCGGCACCCACCAAGGAGCGCAGGCAGAGUACGCCAUGCCUUUUACGUACCAGCUGUGGUGUGUAACUCAUCGUGUCUUCCAGCAGUAUUGGCGUGAGCCUGCGUAUGUAUGGGCCAAAAUCCUUCUUGCCGUCCUCUCAUCGCUAUUCAUCGGCUUCACGUUUUUCAAGCCCAAGAGCUCUCAGCAGGGAUUCCAGGACAUCUUAUUCAGUGCCUUCAUGUUAACUUCCAUUUUUUCGACCUUGGUGCAACAAAUAAUGCCAAAAUUCGUGGUCCAACGAUCCCUAUACGAAGUCAGAGAACGACCCUCAAAGGCGUACUCGUGGGCAGCAUUCCUUAUCGCCAACGUAAUAGUCGAGGUACCGUAUCAGAUAUUUGCUGGAAUCGUCUCAUGGGCCUGUUAUUACUAUCCAAUCUACGGCGCCAAUCAAGCAUCUCACCGACAGGGACUCAUGUUACUCUUCAUCAUACAGUUCUACAUAUUCACCUCGACAUUUGCAACAUUCAUAAUCGCCGCCUUACCCGAUGCAGAGACAGGAGGAACCAUUGCAACGCUGCUCUUCAUCAUGGCCACCACCUUCAACGGUGUAAUGCAACCACCCCACGCUCUACCAGGAUUCUGGAUCUUCAUGUACAGAGUGUCGCCCUUGACAUACCUAAUCGCAGGCAUGACCGCAACGGGGUUACACGGCCGAGCAAUCAGAUGCGAUACCGCCGAACUAAGUGUCUUCAAUCCCCCCUCUGGCUCAACCUGUGGCGACUACAUGGCUCCAUAUCUCCAAGGUGCACCAGGCGUACUGUACAACCCAACUGCAACACAAGGGUGCGAGUACUGUCAGCUUCGUAAUGCCGACCAAUACCUAGCCGGUAGCAAUAUUUAUUACGGCGAGCGGUGGCGGAAUUUCGGUCUGGGCUGGGCUUACAUCGGGUUUAAUGUCAUGGGUACUGUUGCUUUGUAUUACAUCUUCCGAGUUAAGCAUUAUAACCCCACCAGCUUGGUGAGGGGUAUUGCGGAUAGUGGGAGGGUGCUUUGUCGGGUGUUUAAGAGACGGUCUGGUACGACGCCUAAGGGGAGGGAAGCUGAGAAUGGGAGAUUGGUUUAA